AUGAACGCCCUCGACGAGUGCCACGCCCGCGGCUUCCUCUACAAAGCCACGGGAGGCUGCAACGAUAUCAAGCGAGAAGUUAACAGAUGUUUAUCGGGCGAACGUACGAAGAAGAGCAGAAAUAACAGGGAGACUGCUUUGGAGCGGAGGGCGAGGAUCGAGGCGGUUUGGGCCAAGUUCGACGAGGGCGACUUUUCGGCGCUUGAGCAGUUCACGAAGUCGAAAUGA